ACCGGACGAUUCGGCGAAGCGCGGUCUCGCACAGUCCCGCUCCAGACGAGCAUGUUAACGUUCCAUCUUAACUUAACCAUAAUCGUUAUGAUUUAUCGUUUUAGCAUUUUAAUUAGUCAGAAUUGUGGAUUCUUGUGUUUACGCAUAAUGGAAAUUGUGCGGCACGUUUAAAGAGAGAAUGACAAAUUGUAGAUUCUAGAUAGUAGGGUUAUGUAAACCUGUGCAACGAGUUAGAUUAUGAUUAAAAAAGAAACGGUUCGGUCGACAAGUUAAAUUAUCCCGAGACAAGUUUCUGUAGAUACGUUCACGAAGCAAUAAGCUUCAAAACAGAUUCAGUAUUCCAGGUCGCAACGGGCUGAUUUAGGACUGCAUACUUUAAAAAUAAGAGAUAUCCUAUUUCAAUACAGAGUUAAGGAACAUCAUUGACAAACUGGCACAGUUUGUUGCACGGAAUGGACCGGAGUUCGAGCAGAUGACGAAAAACAAGCAAAAGGACAACCCAAAGUUCGGUUUCCUGUUCGGUGGAGAGCACUUCAACUACUAUCAGUACAAAGUGACUACAGAGCAAGCCAUUUUAAAGCAAAAAGGAAUAAAUCCAAUGCAAAAUGCAGACCCACGUUUAAACGUUUCGCAGCAGCAGCAAACAGCCGCUACCGUCGCGCAGCCUCUGAAUAACGUCAAUCUUGCGCCUGGCCUAAAUACUCAAAACAAUGGAUUGAACCCAGUUGUGGGGAUUGGACCAGUAGGGAAUCCAGGUGGCCCAGUUAUACCUGGGGUGCCAGGACAAAUUGGAGGGCCAGGAAAUGCGGGACCGCCGAUCGGACCAGUACCCGCUAUGGGAGGUGUGAACCCACCCAUCGCUGGUGUUACGCAACCGGUUAACAUUGGAGGACCCCCUGGAUGGCUUCAGAAUGAAUUAGCGAACCUUCAGUCGCAGCAGACGACGCUACAGGAACAAGUUAGACAAUCGGAACAGAAUCUGGCUGCGCAACAUGCUGCAUUGAUGGCACAGCAACAAGGAAGGGUUGAAGAUGCUGUGAGGCAAGCUCAAGAAACAGCUUUACAGAACAGUGCGCAGAACACGAACACAGAUCUCACUGCAUUCGACGCUGUAUUGCAACCUAUUAUCGAUAGUUGCACAAAAGACAGCAUAAGUGCAGGGAAGGCCUGGAUACUUCAGAACUCGGUUACUCCUCAAAGCAAUCAAGUGGUUGCGGAUCAUUUGUUGAAAAAAGUAAUCCAAGCGAUCAAUUUUAGCCAUAAACUUCAUAUUAUCUAUUUGGUGAACGAUGUUUUGCAUCACUGUGCAAGAAAAAAGUCUAUGGAUCUUCGCAAGGCAAUGGAAAGUGUUGUUGUUCCCAUGUUCUGUAACACCUCACUAGCUGCAUCAGAAGAACAACUUAAUAAAUUAAAUAAACUAUUGAGUUUGUGGGAGUCAAAAAAUAAUUACUUUGAUGAAGGAAUUAUAGAUAAAUUAAAACAGCCAAGUGCGUCUUGGUCUGAAUAUCAGGCAAACCUGGUUGCCCAACAUGCCAGCGCAAUCACACCGAUCACUGCAUCGACGAAACAGACUUUUGACAAUUAUCAAGCGCAGCAUCAAGCGUUCGUUACGCACGCUUUAAGACAAAUUCAAAACAUUGAGCAACAAAAGAUAGCAAUUGAUCAACAAUUAAAAGCCCCACCUCCACCGCCGCCUCAAUUGAAUCAGCAAAGUAUGCCUAUGCCGCCUAGUCAUUCCGGUCCUCCUGCGCCAAUAGGCACGGAUGUAAAUUUUAGUCAACCGCCACCCGGAUGGGGUGUGCCUCCUCAGGGAAAUGACCCACCGCCAUUUACGAACGUUCCAUUACCAGAUUUCUCAAAGCCUCCGCCGGGCUUCGGGCCACCGCCUGUUAUACAUGAGCCUUCCGUCGAAGAUUUAAUGCCUAGUAUGCCUUAUUAUGAACUUCCUGCUGGCUUGAUGGUGCCUCUGAUCAAGUUAGAAGAUGCCGAGUAUAAACCUUUGGAUCCAGAGGCAAUUAGGCUUCCACCACCUGCCCCACCUAGCGAACGAUUAGUAGCUGCAGUCGAAGCGUUUUACGCGCCUCCUAAUCACGACUCUCCACGAGACAGUGACGGUUGGGAAAAAUUAGGUUUAUACGAGUAUUAUAAAGCAAAGAACGCAGCACGUAAACGCAAAGAGGAAGAUAUAGCGGCCGGAAUAAGGCAGAAAUCAAAGUCACCGUCGCCGAUCCUAAGACCAAGGUCUAAAAGUCCUAGUCCACCAAAGAAACGGUAUCGAAGUAAAUCACGAAGUAGAUCGCGUUCAAGAUCGAGGGGUAGAAGCAGAUCGAGAUCGCCCGCUGCCAAUCACAGGCGGAACAGCCGCAAUAGUAAUCAUAAUAAUAGAAGUAGGAGAAGGAGGAACAGCAAUAAAGAUCGGAGUCCCGAUAGGCGAAUGGAUAGGCAAGAUCGAAGCCCGACCCCGCCUAGCUUUCUUGGAUCGAUGUAUAGUAAAGCUCCUCAAGAAAUUAGUUUGGACGAGAGUAACAAAGGUCAUCAGUUGUUGAAGAAGAUGGGUUGGGGUGGUGCGGGACUUGGUGCCAAUGAACAGGGUAUUGAAGCUCCGAUAUCGGGCGGUGAAAUUAGAGAUAAAAAUGAUCAAUACAAAGGCGUCGGUAUUAAUCUAAAUGAUCCGUACGAGAACUUUAGGAAGAGUAAGGGUCAAGCAUUUAUCACUAGGAUGAAAGCAAGAGCGGAGGAACGUGCCGAAGAGAGGGGUGAACGGGACUGAGUAUAAUCGAGUAAAUUAAUACAUUUUGUCUAUAAUCCUUUUGAUGAGAUGUAUAAUAACUAUCGCCUGCAGUAUCAAUUCGCAAGAACGAUCCCUGAUUGUGGUCGACACAAGUUUCCAGCAGUCAGUCCUCUUUAAUCGAAUAAUUCAUGUGAAGAACGAUUUCAGUGAUCUUUCUAUAUUUUUUCAAUUAGGGUAAUAAAUACAUCGACUUUCGUAUGUAUUUACAUUUAUGUUACAUAGUCAUCGUUUAUUAUUGAGAUCGCAAAGUUACUUCUGUACAUGUUAUAUGUAUAAUUUUAUAUUUUCGUUAACAAUAACGAUUAUUUUAUACUUUUAAAGAUUUCGAGAAAGUGUAUGUCCCGGCAUUGUGUCGAUCAUCCGCGGGUGUAAACCAAUAAUCUGUACAUUUCCGUUAGGAAUAUACUGCGAGUGAGUGAUGAGAAAAAUUGAGACAAUUGUUUAUAAAAGAACUGAACCAGUCAGUUUAUAAAUAUAAGGUUUAAGUAAGUUUACGAUUACGAUGCGCACUGAGAGUGGCUGUUGUAUACUAAAAUUCAAUUUUCGUGGUGCAUAAUUCGAACGAGAAAUACAAUUUUAUGCAUCCCUUGUACAUUGUGUACAAAACUAUUGGAUCUUCGGUAAGGUUACCUAAGAAUAGACGAUUUGGCUGCGAAUUGUUUACAAAACAUUUCGUUGAUAUUAAUAAUUAACCAUACCAAAAGGAGCGGUUGAUGCUGACGUCGAAGGAAUCGCGCGGCCAAUGUCCACCGUCAACAUAAAAUACGCAAGGUUACAUUAUAAUUGUAUCUCACGUGACAUUUUGUACUAAAAAUUCAUUCUGCUCCCAUAUGAAACAAUGUACCGAUUGUCCGUCUAUGGGGACGGGAAGAUCCUUAUCGUGCAGGUAUUUGCACGUGGUGACGUUUGCAAAAAUGAAACUAAAAGAAGUACUUGUAUUUAGUAAGUUAAUAAAUGAUUAUAUUGGAUA